AUGCUAAUGCAGGUGAGCGCCAACGCUUAUCGCAACGCCAAGCACCUUUCAAUGAGCCACGGACGGCUGCCAGUUGGACCGAUGCGACACUCGCAGAAUGCUGAAGGGCGCGACCGUCCACCUGAGGGAGUAGUGCCCCGUCAUACAUCACGCUCGUGCCGGAUCAUCUGCUCCGACGCUUCUCCAAAUAGGACGCGACGGACACAGUUCUGCCGCUCGUACUCUGCUUCUCUCUGCAGGUAA